AUGACGCCGAGAAGAAGCCUAAGAAUCGCCAACAAACUUGCGGCUGCUGGGUCAAACCAAGCCUAUGCAGAUCCCCCACGUCUCGGGAAGCGAAAGACUCGAGGCUCAAACGACGAUGAAAGCCCCAGGGCAAAGAAAAGAGCACCAAUCAAAAAAGCCAAGAGCAAAAAGGUCCAAGAUCAGACAAAGACCCCGGAUCUUGUGAAUGACGAGCAACAGCCUGUGCCACCAGCCCCAAAAGAUGCACUCGCAUCCCUUCCGACAGAGAUCCAGAUACAAAUUCUAUCCAAUGUUUUGAACAAAAGCAUUGCUGUCCGUGCAUCUGACGAUGAAUAUGUGUACAAAGUCAUCAGCCGGCUCGAACCAUUUCUCAGCAUCAAUCAGAAACGGAAAUUGUGGAAAGAAGGAAGAUGCAGAAGCCAGCAAAUAAAAUCCCACAGGCUACUUGCUCCUGAUGUUGCUCCACUUGGUGCUCAAUGUGUCCGACAGAUGACUGUUGGUCUAAUUGGACGAGCAGUGAAGCACAGGCAAAAUGUGAUGAGGAAGUUGGAGGAGGUGUUGAAGAAUUUGAGCAACCUCGAGGUGUUGGAUACAACAGAACUAUCGCAUAAUAUCGCGCCGAUGUCGCAACUGCGCGACCUAAAGCAUCUUUCCAUCUCAACAAACGAAUGUCAAUGCAUAACCCCGGUCAGCAGAGAUGAAACUCUCCAAUCAAUCAUCCUCAAUUCAUCCUCGACACUGGAAAGUUUGGAAGUGUAUCCUUUGAAGUGGGACUCAAGCAUCCAUGCCGACAGGGAAGGUCAAGUUCCAGUUCGCAAUCAAGAUGUCAUAGACGAUGGGUUUUCUGCGCUCAAAUCGCUAGUUUUGUAUGGACAUUCAGCGAGACCCAUAAACGGAACUGACUUCCAAAGCAAUGAUGGAACGUAUUUCUCAAGCAUCGCUAGCAAAUCUCUCGAGAAAUCGUUCUGCUCCGCUGAGAGGCGGGAUAUUCAGCUGAGAGAGCUGACGCUAGACAUGCAUCCGGAGCUGCAGGGCCGAGAUGCCUAUGAAACGGAGAUGGAUGCUAUGUAUCGCUUCAUAGCAUCAUUUGGCACCCUGACUUCGCUCGAGAUCUAUGACCACAACAGAUUCCCUCACUGCCGACGUAACAACCCUGGGCUAUCAGAGCAACUACAAGAGGCUAUCAUCGUCCACAGCGGUCUUGAGUCGUUACGCUUGCGAUAUUCAGAAACUGGUGAAGAGGUUCCAUUUUUUUCAACUCCUGAUAUUGAAACCUUUACAAAGAAUCUGUCUGAGCUGCGAGUACUCGAAGUAAUGGUAAGAGAUAACGACAUCUUCGGCUUAGUAAAAGCAUUCUCAUAUACUAAGGAUUUGGAAUCCCUCACCUGUGGCUCCCCCGGUACUCGAGAUCGGCGUGUGGACAUGGGUGCAAUACCGUUUUGCGAAGAAUUGAUGAUUGCUUUCUUGGAUCUUGCUAAAGACAACAACGAAUUUGUUUGGGAGAAGACAUAUCGUCUGAAGCAACUCAGUGUUGAUCAUCUUCAUGUUGAAGUCGGCUCUGACUUGAAGCGGCAUUUAACAAUGCUUAGGACGUUUAACUCGGAUGACAGGUCAGUCUGCAUUCGAGAGAAGUUUGGCUACUUAGGACCACCGCUAUGGGAAGGCUCUAGCGAAUGGGCGAGCCAAAUCAUGAAGUCUGUCUAG